UGUUAGCGUCUUCGGGGGGUUCGGUGUCGGUACGGGCCGGAACCGAAACGCCUUCUGUGGUUCUGUUCUUUCCCGAUCGUCGGUUGACAACAGCCAGGCUGCGGGGUGUUUAGGGUUUUACCACAUGAUGGAGGCUGGCAGGGGGAGAUGAAAUGCACCAGGUGGCUUCUGCACUCUACCCGCCAACAACCGUCAUGCCUUAUGGAAUAUUCACGGACUACCGAUGACAUUCCAGCUGGAUUACCGUUUACAGCAACAGUUAUUUUUGCCAACAGCUAUUUUUUUUUUUUCUUUAACCAAGGUUGACCUCCGUUAAAAAGCAACACUUCAAGACACUUUGUCUUUUUUUCUCUUUUUGUUUUGUUUUUAGUUUUUUUUGAUUAGGCCAAGUUCCUUCUGGUCAACUGGUUUUCUAUCAUGAGAUUCCGAAUCUACAAGAGGAAAGUGGUGUUUCUGACUCUGGUGGUUGUCGUCUGUGGUCUUGCUUUCUGGAGCAGCGGAAUGCAAAAAAAGACUGAAAGUAGAGAGUUCCCCAAGGAUGUGGAGGCGAUGAAAAAAAGCAGUAGUACCAACAAUCACGUUCAAGUGCCAGCCACACCUGCAACGAGCCAAGUAUCCGUCCAGAUCCCCGUCGUACAGACCAAUGAAACACAUCAGGAAAAGGCAAAGGAAAAAGCAAAAAUGAUAAAACCAGACAUCAAUAACAACACUUUGGUGUAUCGAGGCAUCGUCUUCCAGCUCAACUUUGACCAGACAAUAAGAAACGAGAAGAAGUUUAAAACAGCCCGGCAAAAAGAUGACCUGGUUGUGGUGGUUCAGGUGCACAACCGACCGGACUACCUAAAGCUUUUGGUUGAUAGUUUACGAAAGGCCAGAGGUGUGGACAGCAUACUGCUGAUAUUCAGCCACGAUUACUGGUCACCAGAGAUAAAUAAAGUGGUGGCUUCUGUUGACUUUUGUCAAGUCCUUCAGAUUUUCUUCCCCUUCAGCAUCCAGCUAUACCCCCACGAGUUCCCUGGCAAUGACCCCAAGGACUGUCCCAGAGACAUUCCCAAAAAGGAUGCCUUAAAACUGGGAUGCAUCAAUGCAGAGUUUCCUGACUCCUUCGGCCACUACCGGGAGGCCAAGUUCUCUCAGACCAAGCACCAUUGGUGGUGGAAGCUGCAUUUUGUCUGGGACAGAGUGCAUUAUCUCAAAGACCACAAAGGUCUGGUUCUGCUGAUUGAGGAGGACCACUAUUUGUCUCCAGACUUCAUCCAUCUCCUAAAGCUGAUGACUGCUCUCAAAAGGGAGCAGUGCCCCGACUGCGACAUCCUCUCCCUGGGGAGCUACAGCCACAUCAGUUACUCCAGCAAGGCAAACAAAGUGGAGGUGAAAGCCUGGAAAUCCACAGAGCACAACAUGGGGAUGGCUCUGAAUCGGGAGACUUACCAGAAACUCCUGAAGUGCACCGACACAUUCUGCACAUAUGACGAUUACAACUGGGACUGGUCCUUGCAGCACCUAACUGUGAACUGCCUACCCACCUACUGGAAAGUGAUGGUGAGUGAAGCGCCCCGCAUUUUCCACGCAGGAGACUGCGGCAUGCACCACAAGAAGGCCACCUGUAUGCCUGUCACCCAGAAAACAAAAAUUGAGAACAUCUUGCAGAGCAGUGGAAACCAGCUGUUUCCCAAAUACCUGCUGAUCACAAAGAGGCUGCCCGCCAGUGGCGCUGGAGGCGUUGCACCUCAUGUGAAAAACGGCGGCUGGGGAGAUAUCAGGGAUCAUGAACUCUGCAAGAGUUACGCUCGAUUACAGUGACCUUAAUUACUACGAUUAUAUAUUAAUGUCUCUUUUGCAUCCUGUAUAUAGAAAACCAGUAAAUCUUUCUGGACUAUUCUUCAUAUUGCCUGUUUUCUUGGACUGUUUUCUUGGAUUGUUCCAAAUAAAGACAAAUAUUGGAG